CGUCCGAAAGAUCAAUCGGAAUAGCUUCCCUCAGGCUGUGGGCGGGGAGCGCACUGUUAGUUUCAACCCGGAACUGUGGAGAAGAUCAUUCAAUCGGCUUGGCUACACAGAAACGCAGGCGACUGUACCGUACACAACUUUUGCAAAACUUUUUUUUUUCCCCCGUAGUUUUGUUGGAGCGCAAAAAAAGAAAUAGCGAUUCGUAAGCAAAUCAAACAGGAGAUAAGACUAUUGUGAUCAGUUGCAUGGGAGCCUUGUUCGUGACCGAAGGAGUGAGAGUUAUUUGGUUGUAAAAACGUUUGAUGCGUACAAGCUCUUCAGAAGCAGGACAUUCUUAAGCAAUCAACAGCAUUUCACGGUGAGCCGGAGCAGGGCUGAGGACACACACUGACACUGCUGCCUCACCAUGCCUCCCCAGAAGGACAUCGUGAAGAUCGCUAUCCAGAUGCCUGGGGCUUACCCCCAGCUCAUCGACCUGGACCAGAAAAAACCACUGUCAACAGUAAUAAAAGAAGUUUGUGAUGGGUGGAACAUCAAUGCCCCUGAAAAACAUGCCCUGCAGUAUACUGAUGGGAUCCAGACCUACAUCACCGAAUCGAAUCGCUUGGAUAUCAAGAAUGGCAGCAUCCUGCGACUCACCACUGCCCCGGGUCGCUGUGCUGAUCAGCUGUACACAGGGAUCCAGAACGUGAACGCUGACGUCAAGUGCGACUCCCUGAAGCAGCUGGCCGGUAUCUCCACGGAUGUGACCUUCGCCCAGGAGUUCAUCAACCGGGACGGGCACGCCCUGCUGGUGGACAUCGUGGAGAGAGGCAGCGAUUCUUCGGAGGUGCUUGCUCAUGCUUUGAAAGCCUUCAUGGAGCUGAUGGACCACGGGAUCGUCUCCUGGGAGAACCUGUCUGCCGUCUUCAUCAAAAAGAUCGCUGGCUAUGUGAGCCUCAAGGCCGUGGACGCCUCUGUCCAGCAGCUCUCCCUGGCCAUUCUGGAGAGCAUGGUCCAGAGCAGCAGCAGCCUGUUUGAGCAGGUCCAGCAGGAGGUCACACUGGAGCAGCUCAUAGCACACCUGCAGGUUCAGAACCAGCAGAUUCAGACGAAGGCCAUGGCCCUGCUCAUAGCUCUGCUGCAGACCGCUGGGGAUGGGAAGAAACGGGAAAUGAUUGAAUUUCUAGGAAAGAAAAGCCUGCGACAGUACAUCAACAAGAACAUUAUCCACACCUCGGGGGCUGUGGGGGACGAGAUGGCUCAUUACCUGUAUGUGCUGCAGUCUGUGACCCUUAACACCCUGGAGCCCAAGAUGAGGACCCCUUUGGACCCCUCCAGUCAGGAGCAGCGGGACGUGCUGCACAGGCUGAGGCAGCUGGCGUUCGAGUUUGACAGUGAGGCCAGCCUGACCACCGAGAAGAGACACUCGCUGUGCGCCAAGGAGUUCAAGAAACUGGGCUUCUCUAACAACAGUAACCCGGGUCUGGAUCUGAACCGCACCCCUCCUGGACUGCUGGCCCUGGAAACCAUGGCUUACUUCUCCUCGCGGUACCCCAACGCAUACAGCAGGUUUGUAUUGGAGAACAGCAGCCGGGAAGAUAAACAUGAAUGUCCGUUCGCCCGGGGCAGCAUCCAGCUGACCCUGAUCCUGUGUGAGAUCCUGCGCAUUGGAGACCCCCCCUCAGAGACCGGGCAGGACUAUUACCCCCUCUUCUUUGCUCAGGAUCGCCUCCUAGAGGAGUUGUUCUGUAUCUGCAUCCAGCUGCUGAACAAGACGUGGAAGGAAAUGAGGGCCACGCAGGAGGACUUUGACAAGGUGAUGCAGGUGGUGCGGGAGCAGAUCACGAGGACGCUGUCCAGCAAGCCUACCUCCCUGGACCUCUUCAAGAACAAGGUGAACGCCCUGAACUACAGCGAGAUCCUGAAGCUGAGGCAGACCGAGCGGCUGCACCAGGAGGAGACCCUCGCCCCGCCCGUCCUGGAGCUGAAGGAGAGGCUGAAACCGGAGCUGCUGGAGCUGAUCCGCCAACAGCGGCUCAACCGGCUGUGUCAUGGGACUCUGUUCAGGAAGAUCAGCAGCCGCCGGAGACAAGACAAGCUGUGGUACUGCCGCCUGUCGCCCAAUCACAAGGUGCUGCACUAUGGGGAUGUGGAUGAGGAGAGCGAGACCCCGCCCAUAGAGACCCUGCAGGAGAAGAUUCCUGUGGCUGACAUUAAAGCCCUGCUGACUGGCAAGGAUUGCCCACACAUGAAGGAGAAGGGCUCAGGAAAGCAGAACAGGGAAGUCCUGGACCUGGCUUUCACCAUUACUUAUGACUUGGAAGAGUACCACUUGAAUUUUGUUGCAUCAUCAAGGACUGACUUCUGCCUGUGGACGGAUGGCCUGAAUGUCCUCUUGGGGAAGGACAUGACCAGCGAGUGCACGCAGAGCGAGCUGGACAUCCUGCUGUCCAUGGAGAUCAAGCUGCGUCUGCUGGACCUGGAGAACAUCCCCAUCCCCGACGCCCCCCCGCCCGUGCCCAAGCCCCCCAGCAACCUCCACUUCUGCUACGACUUCAGCCAGACCGAGCAGUAGAGGAGGGGGAAGAGACUGCACUGAGUAAAUAUUACAACCCACACCUAGGGAUUCGUCCAUCACUGAGUCCCAUCCCUUCAAACUGCUAGUGUGAAUGGGGACCAUUUAUCUGUACAGGGGGGACAGGACUCUUCUUUGAUUGAUUAUAGGCGGCUAAUGUGUCAAAAUUGUUUGGAGGUGACGGGGUUCAUGAAUGGAGGCAAGAGGGGGAGCUGCCUAUAGAAGAAUGGACACUACUGAUAACUCCACUCCCUUCAGCACAUUCACAGUGUAUCUGUAACCCACGAUGGUUAUCUCUCUCUCAAAGGUACAUGCUGGUACUGACAGAACCCCUCUCAUAGGGGAAUAGCCAGCAAUUUUUUCCCCUAUGAGUAGCAGGAUAUAUUAUUAUUAUUAAAGUGUUAGGCUUUAUUUAGCCUAUUGUGCAUAAUCUAAAAAGAGCAUGUAACUCGUAUUAACACCGCGCGUUUACUGUUAGAAAAAUGUGUUUUUUUUUUUUUUUAGUGAAAGCGAUCAUAAGAAUGUUUAAUUUGUGCAAUAGGAUUUUUAUUUUUCUAUAACCAGAGGUGGGAGUAGAAACUGCACUGAGCUACAUGACUGACUACUAGAGCAAUGGACUGACUCCAUGGCUAAUAUUGUAACCAGGCAGUCUAACUGUUUGCUGCAUUGGUUCCAAUCUGUUCCUACUGACGUGGCAUACGAUUCAGCACCCCUUUCUAAGAUUCUGAACUUAUAAGAUGUACCCCGCUUUGUACACUUUGUAGCUGUGACACAUUAGCCCUAAUGUUACCCCACUAAAUGAAAUCACCUCUACUCUCCAUAUUAACACGCACCUCAAAGAAAAAAGAAAACUGAUAGAUUAGCAUUAAUUACUGUACAAAUUUGAAAAUGUAAAGUGCUUGUCCUACUGACCCGCAGCCUCACAUCAGUUUAAACCCAGUCAGCAUUGUGACAUGGAAACUGAAGUACAGUCAGUCAGCCCUUGCUGUCUCUAACCUUCCCGAUCAUUUCAAAACAUUUCACAUUGUUAACUGGAACAGCACACAAUCACCAGAUUGUCCACUGUGCUUUAUUUUGUUCAAAACAGAAUUACCUCCCGUUUGAACAUGGUACUGACUACUAUUUGAACCAGUCAAACCCACUGCAGCACACUGAAUAAAUUGGCUAUUCAAGCUAUAGUGCAAGGAUUUUAAUUUUUUUAACUACUUUAAACGAGAAAAAAAAAAACACACACACACACAAUACCCCAUCUCUGUUGCCACUGACCUCUGUUGUCUUGUGUGUAUGACGGUACAUUGAUCGCCACACUAAAUAUUCAGUCUGUAUUAAGAUCACUACCAUAGCCAGGUAAUUAGUUUCAUUAAAACCAUCCAAUUCGUUUUCGACUCUCUUUUCAACCAGGCAUAUUGGGGUGUCUCAAAUAUUUUGCAAGUCACAUUUUGUCAUAUACAUUUCAAAAAGUGAGAUUGUUCUUGAUAUU